CCCCCCCCCCCCAAAAAAAAAAUAGUUUAUGUUUCAUUUUUAAUUUUUCUUCAAGAUGUCGACCCCAGCUAGACGACGUUUAAUGAGAGAUUUUAAACGAUUGCAAGAGGAUCCCCCGGCCGGAGUGAGCGGCGCCCCUUCAGAAAAUAACAUCAUGGUCUGGAAUGCAGUUAUAUUCGGACCAGAAGGAACACCAUUUGAAGACGGUACUUUUAAACUGACGAUAGAAUUCACAGAAGAAUACCCGAACAAACCUCCCACAGUUCGAUUCGUCUCAAAAAUGUUUCAUCCAAAUGUCUAUGCAGAUGGUAGUAUAUGUUUGGAUAUUCUACAGAACCGUUGGAGUCCAACCUAUGAUGUUUCUUCUAUCUUGACCUCUAUACAGUCUUUACUGGAUGAGCCAAACCCCAACAGUCCAGCAAACAGCCAGGCAGCCCAGCUGUACCAGGAAAACAAGCGUGAAUAUGAGAAACGUGUUUCUGCAAUCGUGGAACAGAGCUGGCGUGAUUGUUGACCAAGGCCAGCGCAUACAGUAUGAACUCUAUCCCGCCUCAAAAUACAAACCAUGACAUGGAAGUAUGAGUCGUCCUUGUCCUCCUCUUCUCUUCCUAGCAUCACAGGGCAUUAUCUAAUUGUUGCAAGUUAGUGCUGUUGUGCUGCCACCACAUUCUCCACACCACACCACACCCCUCCUUGCUGCUUCCCUGGACAAAGCUGCAUCUACAUUGAAGCAAAUGUACCAUACCUGGGUUACUUGAGGAAAGUGUUUCCAUUACAUACAGCCUUUUUUUGUCACACCCCAGCCCCCCUUCCCCCACCGUAUUCUCUUAUUUCACUGAAUAUUUUGUAGUGUCAGCUGAGUUAAAUAACCCCCUUGCUUCUUUGUAGGAAUUCCAGUUAGGUGCCUCUGCCUCCAAGGCCCCCUUGUGGGCAGCAGCUCUAAUAUUGCUCUUAUCUUCAUAACAGUGUCUUAUUUUAAAUCAUUGGAUUUGUGUUUUUUUUAAUAUUUGGCCUCCUUGUCUCUCUUUGUUAAAUUGCCUGUGGUAUUAUUACAUGGAUCAUCCUGCAAUUUCUUUGUGUGGGAGGGAAAAGUAAAAAUUCACAAAGAACGGUCUGGUGAUCUGUAUAUCCAAGAGGAUUGUUUUGUAUGCAUUCAGACUCUUUGCCAGCAUUCUAAAGAUGCUGUCUGAUCCAUUUGCCCAAAUGUCAAACUGUUCUCAAAACUGCAGUGCUUUUUUUUUUGUUUUGUUUUGUUUUAAAAUCAAGGCUUUUGAAAGUAAUGCAUUAAAAAAAAUGUAACUUGCAAAAACUAUUAGGAAUUGGAUAAAGAAAACCAUAACAUUAUUCCUUUAGCUUUAUAAAAACCAUUUAACUUGGCAGUUUAUAAAGUAACCAGGUAGCAGGUACUAUAGCUGAAUGACCGUUUUUGUUUAAUUGGCGAAAACAAAAACCAUGACUGAUGAACACUUGAAUCAAGCCCUGCACUUACUUUUCACAAGUGAAGAGAAUGUGCUAUUGAGUCUCCUGUGAAGAAGUUGAGAGGGGUAGGCUCUGCGUGUGUGUGUGUGUGUAACGUUCUUGGUUGAUUUGUCUUUGUUGUGUCUGUGAUCUUAUGCUUCACUUGGAAGAUUUUAUUUAAGAGUGGUUUUCACAAGAAAAUGUCAGCUGUCGGAAGGCACGCUCAGCUGCCAGGUGGCACAUAUAUACUUUUCUGCUCGUUUGAUGAAGUUCGCUUGGGGUGAGAGAUGAGACCCUGCAUUUUGAUUUGUCUGAUAUUGUUUCUAAUGCACACAUGAUAUUUAAGCGACUGUAUAACUUUGCACUAGUAACCCAUGUAAGGAACUACAUCUCACUUUGUAAGUAAAAAAAAUAAAAACAUUAAACUAUCA